AUGUCGACUUCAGACAGCAAUGGAGCGGCAAAAAGACCGUUUCCCUUCGUUGGCGCGGAUCUUCCAUUUGAUACACCGCGUGCAAAUGCGGUGUAUGUCACCAGGGAACUUGUCUCGACGUAUUUAAUCACACACCCACACCUGGACCAUCUAUCAGGCUUGGUAAUUAACACAGCAUCUUUUACUCAAACCAAAUGCCCAAAACGGAUAGCUUCUUUACCUACGACAAUUGAGGCCAUAAAGACCCAUAUCUUCAACGAUGUUAUCUGGCCUAACCUCUCAGAUGAAGGAUGUGGGGUGGGACUAGUCACGUACCAACGACUGCCGGUAGCAGCAUCAGAAUACGUGGAGGUUAGCAAAGGAUUGAGUGUCCAAGCAUGGCCCAUAUCGCAUGGACACUGCAUGAACACCCACUCGCAUCGAGGAAGCAUUAGUGCUGGAGCAGAAAGAAGUCCAGGUGGUACGGUCAAGCGUAUGUGCGUGUACGAUUCAGCAGUAUUCUUCAUUAGAGACGAGGCAACCAAGCAGGAGGCCAUGAUGUGGGGGGAUGUUGAACCGGAUUCGCUAUCGCUUUCACCGAGGAAUCACCCUGCCUGGGAUCAGGCGGCAACAAAAUUCCAUCAAGGGCUCCUGAGCACCAUCUUCAUUGAGUGCAGUUACGACUGCUGUCAACCGGAUAGAGCUUUAUAUGGACAUCUCAAUCCCCCGCAUCUCUUGGAAGAAUUGAAGGUUCUAGCUGGAAGGGUUGUAGCAUUAAGAGCACAGGAAGAAAGGGAUAGGCGUAAUCACCGAAAAAGAAAACGUAUGAGCCAAGGCUAUAUGGGUGACCUGGAUCUCACACCGAAGAGAUCGAUGAACAUAAAUCACUUUGAGGGCUUUCGACAGGGAGAGGCAAACCAAUACCAAUGGAGCCAGGAAAAUUCAACAAUUGGGGAAGCAAAUAGUAAUGGAGGUGGGAUCUGGAACAGCGAUGCGAACAGUAAUCGUCGUGUCUCAAAGAGUUCUAAACAGUCGGGAACAAAUACUCCGGACCCCUCAAAAAUCAUGGAAUUUGAUCAGGACUAUCUUUUGCCACAAUUAUCGCCGAAAUCCCUUGGGAAUAGAAAUAACGGAGUUGAUACGGUCAGCAUGGCUGUAGGGCAGAGGACACCAGAAGAGAUUCCACCCUUAUUAAAACAGCACCUACCAUCCUCAGCUGCUAUAUCUGCAGGGAUAUUGGGACACGAGCCUCUUAAGGGACUUCAUUUGGUCAUUACGCAUGUCAAGGACACCCUCCAAGAUGAUGUCGAUGUCGCAGCAAAUAUUCUGAGAAGUCUGGAGAGACUUGAAAAGGAACAGAUGCUGGGCUGCACAUUCUCGCUCAGUGAGCAAGGUGGCACCUUUUAUUUCUAA